CGCUUCCUUUACGGCAGGCAGCCUCGUUUCCGGCGGCGGCGCGCGCUGCUGACGUAAGCGGCCGGCGGCGGCGAGGGAGGCGGCACGUGGAGGUGCGGAGGUGGUAGAGAAUGUCAUUUCGUGGAAGAGGAGGAGGAGGAAGAGGUGGUGGCGGCUUCAAUCGUGGAGGAAGUGGUGGCGGCUUCAAUCGUGGAGGAGGUGGCGGUGACAGAGGUGGCUUUAAUCGUGGUGGACGAGGUGGAUUUGGACGAGGAGGCGGACGAGGAGGCUUCAACAGAGGCGGAUAUGACCAAGGUCCUCCAGAAAGGGUAGUUUUAUUGGGAGAGUUCAUGCAUCCAUGUGAAGAUGACAUUGUUUGCAAAUGUAAAACAGAAGAAAACAAAGUGCCUUACUUCAAUGCCCCAGUGUACUUGGAUAAUAAGGAACAGAUUGGCAAAGUGGAUGAAAUCUUUGGACAGCUGCGAGAUUUUUACUUUUCAGUGAAACUGUCUGAGAACAUGAAAGCUUCUUCAUUUAAAAAAAUGCAAAAGUUUUACAUUGACCCAGCCAAGCUACUGCCCCUUCAGAGGUUUUUGCCAAGGCCACCUGGAGAGAAAGGUGCUCCCAGAGGAGGUGGUAGAGGAGGACGUGGUGGUGGACGCGGAGGAGGAAGAGGUGGUGGUAGAGGAGGAUUUGGAGGAGGAAGAGGUGGAGGACGAGGAGGAGGAGGAUUCAGAGGAGGAAGAGGAGGAGGAGGAGGAUUCAGAGGAGGACGAGGUGGUGGAGGAGGCUUUCGAGGCAAAGGAUAUUAAGAGUGGAGCCACAAGUAUCGUCCCACUGUCUUACUGUAUCAGAUGCAGAAGUGAAGAACAAGGAAAAAAAUCUGUAAAGGACUCUGAAAAAGUUCUUUAUAUAUAAAGGACUUGAAGACGUAAAAUGACAUUUUUUUCACCGAAUGGCUGUUAUCAACACAUCAAGACAGUGUAGCCCCAGGUGAACUGAAGACUGCUCAGAAUGUACUUAAACAUUAAGCCAGGAUUCAAUGUUAUUCUUCAGCUGUUUGUUCCAGACAAAUGAUAUUGUCAGUUCUUGACUUCAUGUUGGAGUUUUCAGUAAACAGUCAAUUGAAAUACUUUUUCAAAAAACCCUCUGGGUUCACUCCAUGCACAUUCAUCAGUAUGGAGCUGGUGCCUAUGUGUGACUGAUCCCCAGUGGACAUGCUGUUUAAACAACUCUUGUGAACCUUUUGUACAAACUAAAUUUCAAAUUUUUGUGUUGAUGGAUUUUUUUUUUAAAAAAAAAAAACUAUACAUAAUAAUGUAUAAAGAAAAGGAAGAUAGCACUGGAUAUUGUGUAUUUUUUCUGAAAGCUGAAAGCAUUAAGUCAUAUUUUUCUUAGAAUAAGACUAAUACUAUUCUCAAGUCACCUACUUGUAUUUAAUCAUACUAUUAAAAUCGCUGAGGGUUUUUAGUUGCCCUCGCUUCCCCCUUAGCCUAUUUCUCCUGAGGUUUCGAUGUCCUGACACCAGACCUCAGUGAUGGUCUGAGCAUGCAUAGGGCUGAGAUUAGAUAGCCCAUCACAGAGCUCCUCUGCACACAGUGCUGUCAGUUCACUAUUGCUUAAAAAAAGACACAAAAAAAUCUGUGUGAGUCUUUGGUCUCUCUAACUGGAGGCAUUAUGAGGAUUGUUGAAAAACUAGUAACUGUCCCUAUGGGAGAGAACGGGACACCUCUACUCUUCAAGCUUGGAAAUAAAAAACAACACAGAAGUAGAAUCUGGAUUUCAUCCAGAGUCAGGAUUCUGUUCACAGACUCUCAUACCAAACUCUUUUCAACUGAGAUCUGUAGAAUAAUGUACUUGAAAGUAUUUUGGACAUUUUCAAUGUGGAAAGAAGUACAUUUCAGAGUUGGAUCAUACUGUUGUACAGGCAAGUGAGUUCUAUUCGCCUGCUUAACAAAGGGAGCUGAGUAAUGUGUCAGCACCAGGAUUGGGCGGUUGCUGGUCAUUUUAGCAAGUGUGACAGCUUGAAUAAUCUCUGGAACAAAACUUGAAAGAAGGUAGCAAAACAAAUAUUCAAGAAUUGAAUUAAGUUUGGACAGAUGCUGCAUAGGAUAAUGGAUAAAAGUGUUCAUCAGCAUAAAAAAAACAAACACAAAACAUUGGAGCUUCUGCUAGAUCUGUUUUUGUGAGAAGAACUCAAGUACUGUUCAACCACAGCAGAAUCAGGAAUAUAGGGGUACUGAUAAUGUCUGUGGCAAUACCAGGAAAGUAACUUUAACCAGGUCAGUUAAAUCCACACUUCUGAAAAUGUUUAGACUUUUGUAUAUUGCCAGGCCCAAGGGAUUAGGGCUCUGAUUUGAAUAAUUGCCCUUUAUGCAAAAUCCUAUGCAAGUCAUUGCACCUCUGGCAUACCACGUUGCAGUUGAACAAUCCCAACCUGUAAUGAAGCGGAAUUGUUAUCGCUUUUGUCAUAUCGGUAAUUGCAUCCUCUGCUCUGUCUUCACUGAUGCUUCAGUAGCUAGUUGUGGGUAGCCAAUUUAGAUCUUUCCUCAUUCUUCUGGAAGACUAAUACAACACAGUCCUUGCCCAUACACCUAGAUUCAGGUUCUUCUUUGCU